UGUGUUUUCUGGUUGCUAGGGGUGGAGCAAUCGGGUCUUCUUUCAUACAGCGCUGGUCUCGUAUUUAUACAUCCUUGCUUACGUCUGGCACAUAAGAGUUCCGCAUUCCGGAGCCCUCCCUGAUACCGAUCCCGUAUUUAAACAGGCUGAUGCAACGAACAGGCAUCUUAGAUCGAGUGGUGACCCAAACAAACAGUCCUUUCGGAUUCCGGACCAGACUCAGUGGCUGUGGCCGGACCUGACAUGAUGCCAGGACAGAUCCCUGACCCCUCGCUGACGGCCGGCUCCCUCCCCAGCCUGGGCCCACUGGCCGGGAUCUCGGCCACCACGCUUACCGACCAGCUCAAGUUCUCCGAGCUGUGCAGCCUGGGCACCAUGCUCUCACCGCUACACUUCUUAGCCAGGCAUGGGAAGAGGUCGCUAGUCCUCAAGGACGAGAUGGAGGAGGAGGAAGACAGGAGGAAGCGAAGACGGGAGAAAAACAAAGUGGCAGCGGCCCGAUGUCGAAACAAAAAGAAGGAGAGAACGGACUUCCUUCAACAAGAGUCGGAGCGGCUGGAGGUGGUGAACUCGGACCUGAAGGCCCAGAUCGAGGAUCUGAAGGUGGAGCGCCAGCAGCUCAUCCACAUGCUCAACCUCCACCGGCCCACCUGCAUUGUGCGGACCGACAGCAUCAAGACGCCCGAGAGCGAGGCCAACCCACUCCUCGAGCAGCUCAAGGAGAAGUGAGGAGCAAAUCCUGAAGACAAGAGGAACACUAACAGAAUAGGAUGGAGGGUGAACUUUAAAGCAGACAAACCCAGAACUAUUCCUAUUUAUGGUGGCUAUGCCCGCACUGCCUGUAAGCCAAUGGCUGGAGAACCUACCGCACAACCAAGAAGCAGCCUUUCAAUCUCCAUUGAUACUCUUUGUGUGGACAUCUAGUGCCUCAGCGACUAUGCCUGUCAACGUUACCAAGAGGAAAAGGGCAAGCGUUGUGUCAAAAUAGUGUUGAGGAAACUGCACAGUAUGAGGUUCUGCUGCUGGCAUGUAGGCCUGUGAAUAGGUUAUGUCAUUCUUUUUAUUUAAGGGUACAUACCAUUGUAGCAUCUUUUAAACUGGUCUGUGUCAAGCAGGGGGAGAAUGCAACUGUAGUAUACAGUUAGUAUACAUUUUUGUCAGUUUUUUUUAUAUAAGUUUGCCUUGGUAGUCUCCGGUAGACCAGAUUUAUGAGGACGCAGGCGUCACGAAAGCACAUACGUAAAAAAAUAUACAUAGAUAUAUUUACAUAAUGUUUACACUUUUGUUCUUUUUUUGCAUUGUACUCACAAUUUAUCAGUGUAAUUAUUUUAUACUGUUAUGUAUGAACGACAUAAACUGUUAUGUAAUCACUUGAUGUGAUGCAAUAAGAAUCUUUUUUUACUUCUACUUUGGUGUGCUGGUCAUAGCAGUGCUGAGCGAGUGAUAUGAGUAGCGCUUUUGGAACCACUCCCAGAAGUGGCUAUCAUCUCUUUAUUUGUUGUUAAAUAGUAUUAUAUUGUAUGUAUUUUUCAUUAAACCCAAACCAUAUCCAAAAUA